CAAAGAAAAAAACUUGUAGCAAAGCCUCAAGAGCAAGAGCACCUAUGGAUAAGAUCCACCCCACUGUGUGUUAACUCUCUCUGUAAAACCACCCACCCACCCCCAUCAUCCAUGGCGGGUCUUACCACCUUCACUCUCACACCCACCAUUUCCUCUAAACCAAAUACUAAACCCCUUUUUCUUCCUUCCCUUAAUUCUUCUCUUUUUGGCCUCCGUUUUCACCUUCCUCAGCUCCGUUCUUGCUCCUCCCUUAUCUAUUAUGCUGCCACUGUCUCCGCCCGCUACGGCGGUGGAGGCGGCCGUGGUAACUUCCGGCCGCCCCCACGUUCUGAUGAUGAUGAAGCCCUUGAUAUUUCCUCUAUCAGGUCAGACAAGGUUAGGCUCAUUGAUGAAAAGCAGAACAUGCUGGGGAUAGUGUCAAAAAUGGAAGCUCUUCAGAAAGCUGAGGAUGCCAGCCUUGACUUGGUAUGUCUUUGAAAGACUGAAUUGAUUGUAUGUAACUUUUUUCUUCAAGU